AGGUACAUAAUAUAUAUCCGAGGAUGGAGAACGUAAUGUUUCGUCAAACGAGUUCACUGAUCACUAUUUAUCUGAGCUCGAUGACCGCUAGACUUAUACGUCUUAUACACUAGAAUCUCUUCUAUAUCUCAACUAUGUCUCAACAUCUCGAGAGCGAAGCUACGUUUGAGGGUCACUUCAUCGGGUUUCUCUAUCGUCAAUGGCUAAUCCACCGAAAACCAAUCCCUAAGGGAACAACCAUCUCGGGUCAAACGGCCAUCGUGACCGGUUCCAACUCUGGUCUCGGAUUUGAAGCUGCGCGACAGCUACUCCAGCUCGGCCUUGCACACCUCGUCAUGGGCGUGAGAUCGCAAGCACGCGGUAACGCGGCUGCAGACAAGCUACGGAAAGAGUUCCCAGACUCAACUAUCUCGGUCUGGCUUGUCGAUAUGGAGUCGUACGAUUCUAUCACGGCAUUUGCGAAGAAGUGCGAGACACUUCCGCGCAUCGACAUCGCCAUAUUAAACGCUGGCUUACGAUGCGAUAAUUUCACAGUUGUCGAGGCUACGGGCCACGAGAAGACCUUCCAGGUAAACUACCUUUCAACCAUCCUGCUUGCCAUCCUACUGCUGCCGGUCCUUAAGUCAAAGAAACUGUCGUCGAGCAGUUUGUUCCCUCCCCGGCUUUCAAUCGUCACGUCAGAUACUUCAUACUGGGCGGAUCCGCUCGAGGCGGGACCGGUGCUGCCCCAGUUCGACAUUCCCGAGGAGUUCAAGUCGAUGCGGUCUUACCCGAGGAGUAAGUUAUUGCAACUAUAUUUCAUCUCUAAGCUAGGGGAGCACAUCAAAGCCGACGACGUCAUCGUCAACGCAUCCAAUCCGGGUUUUUGUAGAGGCACGCAGUUCGGGGACGGAGCCGUAAAAUCCUUUAUAUCUGCACUGACAUUCUGGAUCUUCCAAAACCUAAACGGAAGAACGGUAGAGAAUGGCGCCAGCGCCGUAGUUGACGGUGUCGUCACGAAGGGUAAAGAGAGUCAUGGAAGCUACGUCAGUGAUUGGGGUAUCCGACCGUAUCCCAAGGUCGUAUACACAAAAGAAGGACAGGAAAUAAGAGAGAGGGUAUGGGAAGAGACGUUGGAAGAACUGAAUUUUGCCGGUGCUUCUCGGAUCAUCGAAGAGAUGAAGCGCUGAAUUAAGAAGGGACCGGAGUAUUAUUCUGCAUAGCGAGCGUAUCUCGUCUUAUAAAACGAUGUUUACCAAUGAUAUCUUAGGUACAUGUUGAUACCAUUUGGACGAAACUGGGAUCGAGUUGUAUGAAGGAUAGUGACACUAUGAAGCAUGAAGCAUGAAGCAUGCCUGUAAGCUCCUUUUCCUCAAAUUAU